AUGUUCAGGGUAUUCAAAACAGGUAUCGAGGCAAGCUACUCGAUUGCCGCCACACCAUCCUUUAACGCGGAGCCGUGGUCGGUCUACUCGGCGAAACAGCGGUCGACAAAGAAGUUGGUGUCGGUGUUCAUGUUUGACAAGAAAAAGUUCGAAAACAUGUUGGUGAAGAACGGUGUGAUGAUGCAGAGGAACCGGGAGCUUUUAAACGAGAUCUACCAGAUUUUGCGCAACCAGGUGAACAACUUGGCAAAGUUUCGCCACCCGAACAUCCUCACGCUCAUCGAGCCGCUUGAGGAGCACAAGACGUCACUUUUAUUCGUCACGGAGUACCUUACCGAGUGCAUCAAUAACCGCAGUGUCCACAAGGACCUCGAGGAUAUUGUGAUCCAGAAGGGGUUGCUCCAAGUGAGUCAGGCGUUGGACUUCUUGCACAACACGGCUAGCGCCGUGCACUUGAACCUCGAGCCCAAUUCGGUCUUCAUCAAUGAAAACAGCGACUGGAAGUUGAGUGGGUUCGGCUUUUUGCAGCAGCAGACGGCGCUGGAGUACUUCAUCAACAACUACGACCCGCGGAUGCCGCGCUUCCUUAGCAUCGACUUGAACUUUGCGAGCCCCGAGUUGGUCAUGGACAAGCACAUGCGCGUGGAGAACGAUCUCUUCAGUUUGGGCUGCUUGAUCCACUUCUUGUACAACGACGGUGAAACGUUUCUCCACUGCGAGUCUCUCAGCCAGUACAAGCAGGAGUACGCAAAGUUCGAGACCCGUUUCCAGCAGAUGAGCGCGAAUCUGAACGCGCACAAACAGGUUUUCCGUAAGAUCCCCGCCUUGCUCAACACUAUCUACCCGCAGUUGGUUGCCAGACACCCGCACGACCGUAUUGCGAUCCGUGACUUUAUUGAUUCGGCCUACUUCAAUAACCCGUUAAUCAAGACGAUGAAGUUCUUGGAGGAGUUUCCCACCAAGUCGGAUGACGAAAAGACUGUUUUUUUGAAGGGCUUGAUCAAUUUGUUGGAGUCGUUUCCCACCAGCAUCCAGCAGCAGAAAAUGUUGCCGUUGAUGUUGGAGCUUUUGACCCAAAAGGCCGAGGUCUUGGUCGACUCAGCUCUCAAAAUCGUAUUUGCUAUUGGCGCCCAUAUGUCCCAGCUCACGUUUCAGGAUAAAGUCUUGGGCACCAUCAUCAAGGUGCUUGACUUGACCGAGGCCCAGGUGGUGGUUCUCGACAAAAUCGAUGUUUUGCAAACCAAAACAUCACCGAAGGAGUUCCAGAAGGUUAUGGUGCCGUUGCUCGAACAGACGUUGAAUGUUGCCGCCUCACCGGUCAUCCAGGAGCAGGCCUUGGAGAAGUUGUCCGUUUUCUUGGAAAACGCCGACUUUCCUACAAUCAAGAACAACAUUUUCCCCAAGGUGUGCACGAUUUUUUCGAAAACCACCACGUUAUCCAUCAAGAUUUCCACGAUCAACGCGUUUGGCUUGAUGAUUACGAAGAAGGCGAUUGAUAAGUUCAUGGUGGUGGAAAACCUCUUGCCGUUGCUCAAGAACACCAAAACCAGAGAGCCAAUGGUCUUACUUGCCAUGUUGCGGUUCUACAGCUCGUGUGUGGAGUUGCUCGACAUAGAGGCCAUUGUCACCGAGAUCAUCCCCAGACUCUGGGCCUUGAGCAUAAGCAACACCUUGUCCAGACAGCAAUUUGCCAUGUUUAUGGACAAGAUCAAGCAGAUCGAGCGCAAGGUGGAGGAACAGCAUAUGGGGUCGUUGUCCAGAGACACCAGUACUGUGCCAACCAGCGUCGGUGUUCCUAACGCCGACACAGGCUUGAACUUUGAUUCCUUGAUCAACAAGGAUAGCAUCGCCUCUCAUAAGCCCAGCGAACAGAUUAUCCAGCCUGUCAAAAAGCCCCAGGGUGCCCAACAGCCACUGAUGGCCCUCAAGCCGUCACCGCGGACCAAACCUACACCGUCGAUCCCU